CUAGUUCUGUUUGUGCUUGUACUAGGUGAUAGAGACAUCGAGAAAGGAUUGAUUACUCCAACGCCAAGCCAGAACCCUCUAGCUGAGCCAUCACCAACCCCGUCUCCAUCUUCAGCAACAGCACCAGCUCUAGUGCUUUCCAAUUCUGGCAAGAGAAUCGACCAAGCAGGGAAAAAGAAAUACGUAAAACAGGUGACGGGAAGGCACAAUGACACUGAGCUUCAUUUAGCAGCUCAGAAAGGUGAUCUAGCAGCUGUGAAGCAGAUACUUAAUGAUAUUGAUACACAAAUGGUGGGGACGCUGAGUGGCGAUGACUUUAAUCAAGAGGUUGCGGAGAUCAGAGCAUCGGUAGUAAAUGAAGUGAAUGAAUUGGGAGAGACGGCGGUCUUUACAGCAGCAGAAAAGGGAUAUCUUGAGGUGUUGAAAGAAUUAUUGAAGUACUGCAACAAGGAAACUCUUACUAAGAAGAAUCGGUCCGGAUUUGAUCCUUUGCAUAUAGCUGCAAGUCAAGGACACCAUGGAAUCGUCCAAUUGCUGUUAGAGCAUGAUACCGGACUAAGUAAAACAUUUGGCCCUUCAAAUGCAACCCCUCUUAUAACUGCUGCCUCAAAAGGACAUAUUUCAGUAGUCAAUGAACUGCUGUCAAAGGAUUGCAGCUUACUGGAAAUUUCUAGGUCCAAUGGUAAAAACGCAUUGCAUUUAGCUGCCAGACAAGGGCACGCGGAAAUUGUCAAGGCCUUGCUUGAUAGAGAUCCACAAUUGGCAAGGAGGACAGACAAGAAAGGACAAACUGCAUUGCAUAUGGCUGUAAAGGGGAUUAGCUGUGAGGCUGUGAUAUUGCUUCUUCAGGCUGAUGCUGCUAUAGUUAUGCUGCCAGACAAGUUUGGCAACACAGCAUUACACAUAGCCACGCGGAAAAAGCGUGCUGAGAUAGUUAGAGAGUUGCUAUGCCUGCCUGAUAGUAAUGUGAAUGCACUCAACAGAGAUCACAAAACAGCUCUUGACAUAGCUGAAGAUCUUCCGCUCUCUGAGGAAUCCGCGGAAAUAAAGGAGUGUUUAUACAAAUACGGAGCUGUUAGAGCUAAUGAAUUGAAUCAACCAAGGGAUGAGUUGAGGAAAACUGUAAGUCAAAUCAAGAAAGAUAUUCACACACAGCUCGAACAAACUAAGAGGACAAAUAAAAAUGUCCACGGAAUUGCUAAAGAGCUUAGAAAGCUCCACCGAGAAGGGAUCAAUAAUGCAACGAAUUCCGUGACUGUCGUUGCUGUUCUCUUUGCCACAGUUGCCUUUGCUGCUAUUUUUACUGUCCCUGGAGGUGAUGAUGAUAACGGAGUGGCUGUGGUUGUGACCAGCGCUUCUUUCAAGAUCUUUUUCAUCUUCAACGCCCUUGCACUUUUUACGUCUCUUGCUGUUGUCGUAGUUCAGAUUACGUUGGUUAGAGGAGAAACAAAGGCAGAAAGAAGAGUGGUCGAGGUAAUUAACAAACUCAUGUGGUUGGCUUCCGUUUGCACUUCAGUGGCAUUUAUGGCAUCUUCGUAUAUAGUGGUCGGUCGCAAGUACAGGUGGGCUGCAGUAUUGGUAACGGCGGUAGGGGGGAUCAUAAUGGCCGGGGUUCUUGGAACCAUGACUUACUAUGUGGUAAGAUCAAGGAAGAAAAGAUCCAUAAGGAAGAAGGAAAAACAUGCAAGAAGUGGUUCCAACUCAUGGUACCACCACUCCGAGUUCUCUAAUUCUGAUAUCGACAGGAUUUACGCCAUUUGAUGUGGUGAAUUUCAACUUGAUGAGGAAACUCCCCCAGUUACGAGUUCCAGUGUUGUAUGUAGUGAAAGGCGUUGUUCUUGAGGGACCGAUGAACAACAACUCAUAUCCUUCCAUCCUAUUAUGAGCAUUUAUGGUUUCAACUGAAGAUGUUUGAUCUGUUCACACUUGGAGGGAGAGGUUCCAUUUUACGCGUAUCAUCUCGUUAACCAAUAAGGUUUAUGUCCCGAGUCAGUAUGAUGUCGAUGAUGUAUAAUUCUAAGCUAAACUAAUGGAACUGUAGAUUGUAAUUCUUGGCAUGGGAUCUGAGUUUUCCUAUUUGAUCUAGAAUGGGAAAGAUUAUGUAAAAAUGAUUGAGAAAGUUAUCAAUUUCUGUGGCAUCUACCACUUUGUGGGGUAAAGUGCUAGCCUCUGUGGAAAAAUCUUAUGUAAACUACAUGCUGUAUAAGUGCCUGUGUGGUCAAUUGCAUCUGAAUUUUCUGGCA